CUUUAACACACAACAAACAUGGCGUCGCUGGAGCGGCAUCAGGAGCGUGAAACACUGAAGGAUAAUAUUAGCCAAGAUGAUGGAGGCAAAAAAUCUGGCCCAAUAUCUUUCGGUUUUAGUAAAACUUUGAGUAAGGUUAAAUCUGGGAAAGCGGAAGAGCGAGAUUAUUUAGUUGAAGUCGAAGGGAAGGAACUUAAAGGAACCAAACCGGUGGAGAAACCGAAGGAGCUGGUCAUCCCGUUGAUCCACAAGAACCGCUGGUACCGGCAGGAUGCUGAGCGAGAGGACAAGAGCCGGGAAGACAAGAGCAGAGACCCGUCCCAGCAGGAGCAGGACACGGUGGAGUCUCAAGCCGUCAAAGAACUCAUCGAAGAGUCUCAAAAGCACCAGGAGAGAUGGAAGAACGGACCGCAGAUGGAUCCCAACUUUGCCAUUCCUCUUCUCAUGCAGAACCAGGCCCCUCAGGGUUUUGAGGAUGGAGACAAAGUCAAAGUGGAUUUGCGACCAGAGUCGUCCACAGAUGCCGACUAUGAACGUGUUCCUGUGGAGGCUUAUGGGUUGGCCAUGCUGAAGGGAAUGGGCUGGAAGCAAGGAGAGGGAAUCGGACACACAUUUAAACAAGAUGUGAAGCCCAUAGAGCAUCAGUUAAGGCCUAAAGGGCUGGGUUUGGGUGCCGAUCGCUCUGCUAUUAAAGACCUGGAGCCUGGUGUCCCCAAGAGACCUCCUAAACCUGGUGAGGAGAAGAAGGAAGAGGAGACGCUGGUUCUGGGACCUGGAGGAUGUGUGCAGGUCCUGGCAGGAGCCCAUAAAAACCUGUACGGGAAAAUAGAGGGAGUGGAUCCAGAUAACGCCAGAGUUGUAGUUAAACUUGCCAUUGGUGGCAAGACAGUAACCAUUAUCCAGCACUCUUUAAAAUUAGUCAGCCGUAAGGAAUACGACAAAAACAGCAAAGACCUUAGUCGUCUUAGUAAAGCACACAAGGACAAAGAGAGAGAAAAAGAGCGGGAACAGCAGAGGGAACGAGAGGAGAGGUUAAACGGCAAAGAUGACAGAGGAAAGACAGACAGAGAGAGAGAGAGGGAGAAGGACAGAGAGAGAGAUCAGAAGAAAAGAAAACCCAGAGAAUCAAGUACAGACAGAGAGAAGCCUCCUCCAGCAAAAGAGUCGCGGCCCUCACCCCCAGCCCCCUCAUGGCUCCAAAGAGACCUCCAUGUGCGAUUCAUAGAUAAAGCAUUCAAAGGAGGCAAAUACUACAACUCAAAGAUGAGAGUCGAGGACGUCUUGACGCCCCACACCUGUGUUUGUCGUACAGAGGAGGGCAGACUGCUGGAUGAUAUAAGACAGAAGAUGCUAGAGACCAUUGUACCCAAGAACGACUCAGACUACAUUAUGGUGGUUCUGGGAGAACACAGAGGACAGGUGGGCCGCAUCCUGAAGCGAGACCGAGAGAAGUGUCGAGCCAUGGUUCAGCUGGACCGGCACGAGGAGCAGGUGUUCGCACUCGACUAUGACGCCAUCUGUCGUUAUGUGGGCGGAACAGAACACUGAGAGGCCAAAUGGAUGAUAUGACACACCCUUCAUCAUCCCAACCUUAUUCUGACGGCAACAUGAGUUGUGAUUGGCUUUUUCCUUACAUUGCUAGAGACCAACAUAUCAGAUA